GACCAAUUAAUCUUGGCAGCCUGGGCUUAGCAUCAGAAGUCUUUUUGCUUUUUGGGGGAUGGAUUACAGCUAAGGUAGGUACGCUAAGCUUCGUAGGUACAUCGAGAGCUGUUGCCUCCAAGCGCAAGGUGCAGUACCCCACCAUCGAUCGUCAUACCUCACCUUUCCUUUCCUUCUACCUCCUGCUUCCACUUCAACUUCAACAUCUACAUCACGCAAACAGUCUAUUGCUCAACUCUUUCUCAAUACCGACACCAUAAAAGAGAAUAGCCCCGCAAGUGAACAAGAGACACACCAUCAUCUCCCAUCCACAAGCUAGCCAAUAGCUACAUCGUCCCACUAUGUCCAAACGUAUCACAAAGGAAUUCGGCGAGAUUUCCCAGAACCCGCCUGAAGGUUUCUCUGUCUCCCUCCCUCCUGAUGAGACCAUCUACACCUGGCAUGUUACGCUCACGGCACCUGAGUCAACUCCCUACCACCCAGGCAAAUUCGGAAUCGUCCUGACCCUGCCAAUUGAAUACCCCUUCAAGCCGCCUGUCGUCAAGUUCAUCACUCGAAUUUACCACCCCAACGUCACAAACGACGGCCAGGGCAACAUCUGCCUUGGCCUACUCAAGCCCGAAGCUUGGAAACCCAGCACACAGCUCCGCGCUGUUCUCGAGGGCCUUCGCAACCUCCUGGAGGAGCCCCAGAUCGGCGACCCCCUCGAGGAGCGAAUUGCUCAAGAGUAUCAAAACAACCGUGCCGAGUUUACGAAAAACGCCAAGAAACAUGUUGAGCUGUAUGCAAUGGGUUCGCCUGACUUCCCUCCGGUUGCCUAGAUUGGCAGUCUUGGAAACAACGGGCGCGGCGUCGUAGUGCCAGGACCUUUCAGUACGCCUGCGCCUACCGCUCCUGCACCUCAAUUGUAUUUCAGACCACAUGCAGCAGUCGUAGCAAGCCUGACACACGUUACACACCCUAGAAUAGUGCACCCCGGAGUGCCUUUGGACGAUCUAAGUCUAGAGUAAGGAGUAGAGGCAUGGGAAAGAAUGGGGGAAUCAAUUAAGACAACGAGAACAGGAACAACUCCGGGCUGGUGAAGUGGAAGAUAUCGUCGAAUCGGCUGACCAGGCGGAGGGGGAGCAACAAUAGCGACGAUGGUUCAGAAACUGGUUGCGUCGCAUCGGGAGGCGUCUUGCUAGGUUCUUUUGAAUUUUGUAGCGAAUGCUUGAAAAGGGCGAGAUGAGCUAAAUGGAAUAGCGAACGCACAGGAUGUAUCGUAUGCCUCUUCGGGCUUUCUAUCAGUAUAUCAUUAUUGGAAAUGAAAAUACACAUGAACUACAGCGGCGAAAGGCGACUUCUCUCCAAUCAUGAAGUCCUCCAGAUCAGCGUGGACUCGUGCAUAUCAGGUCAUC